UCUCGCCCUCAUCCCCUCGCGCGUCUCUGUUUCCGCUUUUGGAAGGCAUGGCUGAAGAAAUAUUCUUGAUACGAGUCUAAGGAGGGCUACAAAAGGAUUGCAGCGCGAUUGAUGUCUGAAUCCGCCGUGACUCUGGUAUGACCGCGCCUUCAAUGAGUGAGCGCAGUUGAAAAUGCUUUGUUCUUGCCCAAUUCUUCAUGCAAUUCGCAACAAUUUGCUCCGAAAAACGGAGGGAGGAUCCGUUUUUUACCACAGAUGCCAUCACGAUGGCUAAGGUUCAUUCGGUGUUCACGUCCUUAGAGGGCAAAAGGGUCAAGACUUUGCGUUCACCAGUGGCGCCGGAAGGCGAUGCCAAGGUCCAUUCAUCUAUGCUAUACAAGCGCUGUAUGGCGGCUGGUGACAAUGGCGGUAUUCUGGGCGUGGGUGGGGCCAGGACGACCCAGGCUGUGGGCAUAGACGACACAUGCCAACUCGCCCACCCCCACAAACCCCAAUCCCUCCCUCUGUUCUCUCGUUUCAUAUACGUCCUUAUGAUCUGCGUGAGAACAGGACGAAUUUCAGUGAAGUUCACGAAUACGCAGUUUGACGGGUUCAAUGAAAGGUCUAAGCUUCGAACGGUUCUCGCGGAAUCCGCCGACGGAAGGUCAGGUCAUGCUGAAGCACUGAAAGCGUCUGUCCAGUGGAACCGACGAAUGAACGUUAGUGCUAUAUGUGCAAUUCCAAAGGUGCCACGCUUCUCUUCAUACUUACGCAAGGUGGUUAGAUCGGCCACUGAAGGCAUCACGAAGAAAGUUAUCGGCUCGCUGCUGCCUCAAAGUCUUUCCCAGCAUGGCGAGGGUAACGUCGGCAGACAUAUCAUUGAGGACAAAUCCCUCAACCCUAAGAGGAUUCUCGCUCUUCCACCCAGCUUUAGGCCUGUCCAGACGUGGGAGAUCGAAGCUCUGGGAAACAACGAAUACUACCUGAAGACAAGGGGCACUAAAACUACCGCAAUCAACGGUCUCAUCUUCGCCUUACUCCUCCCCGAACCGGAGCCGAAGAAAUGGUUCCUCAAGCUCAAUUUGUUCUCUCGAACUUCUUACAAGUAUAUAUUAUCAUUUUUCCGAAUAUUCGUUCAUCCUCAUUUUGUCUGCAGCAUCCUGGAUGCCGAUGAUCGUUCAAAGGGCUGGAUCUCGCCCGAAAUCAACGACAGCGAGGAGGUCGAACAGGUGAAAUUCGGAGAUGUUGGGGGAAGCCUUAAUCCAUUCGAACUCUGGAAUAUCGUCCGUGUCAAGGACUGA